AUGAACGGGCAUACUGAGCAUCGAGGUGGUGAAUGGGGUUAUCAUGAGCUGUAUCGUUCAACAAUGCAAGCACUGGAAGGGCGAUGUUCCACUCGUUCUAAUGCUGCAAAAGAAUUCGAAAUGCAAAUUCGUGAAUUCACUGCUACUUUAGAAUGUUACCUGGUUGAUGUUCUGCAGAAGCGUCUUGAGGAAUUGAAUGAACCAGAUCGUUUGCUCAUUUCAAGAUUGAAUAGAGCUUUGUGUGAAUUGGGAGACAAUAAGUCAUCAGUGCUUAGUCGACCCAUCUAUCACAUGCUCUCUCCAACUAGGCCAGCUCAUCGAGUUUGGACUAUGUGCACGAAAGAUCCUGAACGAUUGAGAAAUUUGGUUUCUGAAGUCUGUCAAAUGGCAAAUAUCACGUUUGAGAAUAAAGAUGAGCACAGUUCUUGUGAAGUCAAAUUUAGUGUUUUGCCUCCAUCAUCCUGGAGUGCUUCCGAAUGUGCGAAAUAUUUGCUUGAAAAAAAAGAAGUAGCGGAAAAUUCUCAAUGUGAACGACGAGCACAACAUUUUGGCAGCUAUCGUAGUAUGAAACAUGGUUUUACACUCAUAAAAUCGUCAUCUAUUACUUCACAACGAUCAACAUCUUCACUUCCAACUCGUGUUUCUCCGGACCCGGACCCUUCAAAUCAUUUGAAAAGCGAUUUGUCAAUAGAUCUGAAGUCAUUUAGUGAACUGCCUAAAAACAAAACAGAUACUAAAAAAGCAAUACCAAAUGGACAGUUGCCUGCGGAAGGUAACAAGUCACAAGUGCCAUUAGAACCAUAUGUUUAUAUUCGGGAAAUGAGGUACCAGUCAUUUAGAGAAUCUUCUCUCACUGAUGAAUCAGAUUCCGCCUGCGCCUUAAAGGAGGAAACUUUUAACUCAACCAGCCCAUCAGCGACAUCGUCUAUUCCAGUCUACCAAACGGAUACUUCAUUUGAUAGUCAUGAUGUAUUACAAGCUCCAUUGUGUGAAGAGACGACAUUGAGUUGUGACCCUUCAACAUCAACUACUAUCACAGCAAGCAAUCAAACAACCGAGCCAAAUUUUGUACGUUUAGGUGGACUAUUGUUUUCGCGACCAAUUGAUGUAAUUGCUUUGCCCAACAUCUUUAGCAAAAAGCAAUUGCUUGCUGUUUCAGACAGUUGUGGAGGUGUAUUUAUAAUAACGACCAACGGAGAAGUAAUACAACAUUUGCCAGCUCGAGAUAGUUCAGCAUCAUCAUUAACUGUUGAUCCUACAAACUGGCGUCUUUUAGUCAGUAUGAUGCAUAGCAAGGGACGAAGUAUUCAUGCUUUCGAUAUAACAAAUCGUUUCAAAAGAGUUGAGGUAAUUCCAUGUCCAAAAGAACCGAAAAUUGAACUCAGUAGAACUCGUUGGAUAACAGUUAGUCCACAUGGCGAAUUAUUUGUGGUCUCUGGAGAUAAUCAUAGGUCUGCAAUAUGGAUGUAUAAUCGAUCGAGGAAAGGAUGGAAAAUUCUAAAAGAAUCAAAGAAAACUCGCUACCAGUAUCUUCGAGUGGCAGAAGAUCAAGCCGAAUACAAGGCAGUAGUACUUUUAACAUGUGAUGCUGCUCAGAAUCGCAUAUUAUUGUUCGUCGCAGAUUAUACAGGAACUUUAAUUAACGAAUAUGACUUGACAAAAACAUACAAAUUAGAUGAAUGUAUUAAAAAUCCAGCCAGUGCUAUUGUUGACUCGUUAGGGAAUUUAUUGAUGCUUGAUUAUUCAACGAGUCGUUUAUGGAUCUUACUUAGUGGUGCACAAGGAACUCGUUAUAUGAAAGAAAUCAUCAUCCCACUUCCCCUUGGUCCUCAAGAAACUCUUGGAAUUGCUUCAAAUGGUGAUUGGGUUUAUGUAACAUGUUUUGCUCGUCGUGAAGUUAUUGGUAUCAGAUAUUUGGUAAAUGGCUUUCUGGCACCUUCAUGCGUCACAACAGUCAAAGGAACACCAGUGUCUGAUCGAAGAGCUACUUCGUUACCAAGACCGACAAGGAAACCGAAUAAUGUUUAA